UUAUGUGAAAAAAUGUUUUAUUUUUUCUGCUGUUGUUUUGUUCACUUGGACCGGUGGUGGCUUACCUUUUUUCUUUUCUGGUGGAUUAUAUUGAUUAUGAAGAGAACACAGCCACAUCAGCAUACAGCUGUUACAUUAUAUUAAAUAAUUACGAGGAGGCUUUGCUGUCAGUCUGACAACAGUCUCAUCUGGGACAACUUGUGACACAGACGUGUUCUCUCUUCACCCGGAAACGUUAACGCUUAAGCUACAGCCAUGGCUCGUCUGGAACAGGUCAUUACAAACAUUGUGGAUAUAUUUCUGGAGUAUGCUGAUGAUGAUGGCAAGAAACACCAGUUAAACACAGAAGAGUUGAAGAAGGUGUUGGAGAAAGAAAUACAAAGUCCUGAGUUAAAAGAUAAAAUCAAUGCAGAUGACAUCGGGGAAGCCAUGGAGCUGCUGGAUAAAAACCAUGAUGGUGAGGUCAAUUUCAGAGAGUUUUGUCGGUGUGUGUCUGUCCUGGCCAAAUGCUACUACAACAAGAAGACAGGCAAGGGUGUCAAGAGAGGCAAGGGCAAAGAACAAGAAGCUGAAGAAGAAGACUGAAAAAGAUGAACUGCAAACCCUAUAAAUGUUUGUAGCACUCCAAUAUAUAAAAAUAAUAUAUUUUUGCAUCAGUUUUCCCCAGUAAGAGUCAUUUAACAACUCCCUGUCUUUACUCUCACUUUUUCUUAGUUACCAUUUAUUUGUGUGAAGCCACUUAUCUUUGCCUAUUUGCAUCUAUUUGUUUGAAUGCACCGCCUUUAUCAAUCUGUCAGCCAGUUCAAGCUGAAUAAACCGAAUGCACCUGGUC